AUGCCAGGGCUGGACUGCCUCUGGGGAUAACCUCACCCCCCUGUGAUGUGAAUGAAUCCACAGGACUUGAUAAGGCAGGCGCAGUUCCUCCCAACAAGCCUUUUCUGUCUUUGACUCUAGCUGUGGUUUCUGUAGCAAUUUUGGUUUUGCCUUGGAAAGAGGCACUCUGGAUUAUCAGACCUCCAUGUAUGACAAUUUGUACCUGCAUGGAAUUGAAGACUCGGAGGCUGGCUCAGCGGAUUCGUACACAAGUAGGCCAUCUGACUCCGAUGUCUCGUUGGAGGAGGACCGGGAAGCCAUCCGACAGGAGCGAGAACAGCAAGCAGCCAUCCAGCUUGAGAGAGCAAAGUCCAAACCUGUAGCAUUUGCUGUGAAAACGAACGUGAGCUACUGUGGUGCCCUGGACGAGGAUGUGCCUGUUCCGAGCACGGCCAUCUCCUUUGAUGCCAAGGACUUUCUACACAUUAAAGAGAAAUAUAACAAUGAUUGGUGGAUAGGGAGGCUGGUCAAAGAAGGCUGUGAGAUUGGCUUCAUCCCGAGCCCACUUCGAUUGGAGAACAUUCGGAUUCAGCAAGAACAGAAAAGAGGACGUUUUCAUGGAGGGAAAUCAGGUGGAAAUUCUUCUUCAAGCCUUGGAGAAAUGGUUUCAGGGACAUUUAGAGCAACACCCACAUCAACAGCAAAACAGAAGCAAAAAGUGACGGAGCACAUUCCUCCUUACGAUGUGGUACCAUCAAUGCGUCCGGUGGUGUUAGUGGGGCCGUCACUGAAGGGUUAUGAGGUAACAGACAUGAUGCAGAAAGCCCUCUUUGAUUUCCUGAAGCACAGGUUUGAUGGGAGGAUAUCAAUAACCAGAGUGACCGCUGACAUUUCUCUUGCUAAGAGAUCCGUCCUAAAUAAUCCCAGCAAGAGAGCAAUAAUUGAACGUUCAAACACCCGGUCCAGCUUAGCGGAAGUACAGAGUGAAAUUGAACGAAUCUUUGAGUUGGCAAGAUCGUUGCAACUGGUUGUUCUUGAUGCGGACACCAUCAACCACCCAGCACAACUUAUAAAGACUUCCUUAGCACCAAUUAUUGUCCAUGUGAAAGUCUCAUCUCCAAAGGUUUUGCAACGGUUGAUUAAAUCUAGAGGAAAGUCCCAAAGUAAACAUUUAAAUGUGCAACUGGUGGCAGCUGAUAAACUUGCACAAUGUCCCCCAGAAAUGUUCGAUGUCAUCUUGGACGAGAAUCAGCUUGAGGAUGCGUGCGAACAUCUGGGAGAGUACCUCGAGGCAUACUGGCGCGCUACUCACACCACCAGUAGCACCCCUAUGACCCCCCUGCUUGGAAGGAAUCUAGGCUCGACAGCACUCUCACCGUAUCCUACAGCAAUCUCCGGGUUACAGAGUCAGCGUGUGAGGCGCAGCAACCCCUCUACAGAGAACUCUCCUAUUGAAAGACGAAGUUUAAUGACCUCUGAUGAGAAUUAUCACAACGAAAGGGCGCAGAAGAGUAGGAACCGCUUGUCUUCCAGUUCCCAGCACAGCCGAGAUCAUUACCCUCUCGUGGAAGAAGAUUACCCUGACUCAUACCAGGACACUUACAAACCCCAUAGGAACCGAGGCUCACCCGGGGGAUACAGCCAUGACUCCCGACAUAGGCUUUGAGUCGGCAGAAACAAACAAACAAAAAUAUCCAUCAGUUGACAAUUUGCCAUCGCACUGCUAGGAUAAACCAGUCAUCUUAACUUGGCAGGUAGAGCACAGUGUUUACUGUGCUGUGGGCUGCUGUCAUUUGAAGCUAAGUAGGGGGCAAAAACACAAUCAAAUGUGCAUUAUGCCCUUCUGCCUAGAUGGAUAUUAGAUGCCCAAUCAUAGAUAUUUUAAGUGCAACAUUUACAUAGCAGUACCUUUUGUUUUCUUCAUUAGAUUUAAACACAUCGAUUUGUAAUUUAGGGUACUGAUCAAGGCACACAUAAAACAAUUUCCCGUGCUGGAAAUUCCAAAUGACCAGUUCCAGUUGGAACCAAUUUAUAAACCAAUUCCUGUUGGAAUUUGGGUGAAUUGACUAGAAAGUCUACUUGAGCAUGUUACAAUCAAUUGGAAAACCAGAGAAAAAACAAACAACCAACGUAAUUAAUAAGAAAAUCAGAACACCAAUAGAAGCCAAAACCAACUAUGAUAUUUAUUUGUUGGAAUCAAAAUUGACACUUAAAGUUGGAAUGUAUAUUUUAAUAUAUGUUGAUGUUGCCAAGAAUGGCUUUUUCGGACUCAACUAAUGUAUUGAUAGUGCCAAAAAACCCCAAAACAAAGUCAAAUUAAUGCAGCAAUUAUAUAGUUUCCUCAGAUUUUUAUAUUCUUCUUUUUCUCCCGGCACAGUUGUUGCAUUCAAAGUGUUUUGGUUUAGGGUGGGGUAUUUUUGCAUUUUGUGUAGUCACUACUGUUAGUCCGUUUCAAGUUGGCAAUGAAACUCAAAAUUUUUCCAGCAAUCAGAGAAGAGUCGAUGAAAUGUCAGGCUUACCUGGUCUUACGAAGUGGAACAUAGGGUGUUGUUUCCCCACUUUGUCCCUCCGUCUGAGCACAACUACAUACAUCCAGAGAUCUGAAGGCGGGUCGUCGGGGUGUGACACAGACCCUCCUUAGUGCAAAGCUAAGCGACUACAGAAGGGAAGUCACCUAACCCACUUCACCACAAACAUCCGGCCAGCACAAUUGAGCACCUUGCCCUUGCUUCACCCAGCUCUGCCUUCGAAUAUCGGAACGUUCCAGCCCUUCAUGAAUUCUUUGUAAUCGCACCAAGGAUUUUUUUUGUUUUACAUAGACAUGUUCAAUUUUGAUAUUGAAAGCUCUGUUGAUCCAAAAUGAUUCACUGAAAUUUUUAAAACAAAAGGAUCAGAAUUUAAGAGCUAGCAAUAAAAAUGUCAAAACAAAACAGAAACUCCCAGAUUUGGAAAUAUUCUGGUUCACUAAAUUGGAGCAUUUUUAAUGCAGUGCAUUGUAAAGAAUUUGGAGUUGAGUUGCCUUAUAUGUAAUAAGUGCUCCUCUUCACCCAUUCAGUCUUCAUAGUUUGUUCCCCAGUGGCCACAGUUAUGAAAUUGGAUACUUUAUGUCAUAAAUCAAGGAAACCUAGAUUCACGAUGGCCCAAGAAAUUAUUGAAAUUGACCUUUUUAUACAGUCAACAAAUCUCUUUAAGAAAAGAUUCUUGUUUCUAAAACUCCACAAUGCAUGCAUUUUCUAAAAUUCCCAAAACAUGGGCCAUAAAGAUCCUUUUCUACUGGUUCAUGUCAUGAAGCCUAUUUUAUGAGAACAAUAGUUUUAUAUUAUCCAGCCCCCCUUCCCCCAGCCUUUCAAUAAUUAGGCUCUCAAGCAUGCACCAGUGAAAUAAUUCUUCUGAAAGUAAAUGCCAUAUUCUUCAUAAGAGACUCAUAUCUUGAACCAUAUUCAUGACCUCACCACAUGCCCUUUCCUCAUAGUCAUGGCUUGUACCCCAUUUUGAACCUGCUUAGCUGAUAGUGAGGAUGCAAUAAUUAUAAGUCAUCUCAAACAUUUCAUACAAUUAAGAAAUGUGGGCUCAGUACAUGUUGAAAAGUUAACCUGUGAUACUGGCUUGUGAGAGUCUUGUCAUCUCACGAAGCUCACAGAAAUCCCCGUUGAGACGUUUCAUGGAGCUGUAUCCAUUAGGCACUUUAAUAAACAUAUAACCUGCCAUUACUGAACACUUUGUUAGAGCACAGAAAAGCAUUUUCCAGCAAACAAAACUAUUUAUUAUGUGUACAGCACAUAUUUGCAUGAGAGAGAAAACAUUAGCCAAAAACAUUUUUCUAUAUGCUUUACUGGUUUCUUGUUUGUGCGCAUUAAAGUAUUUAAUUGCAAAGAGUGCACCAAGGUGUAUAAAUUUAGACUAGACAGCUGUUCGGCUUUUUUCUGUAGUAGCAUUAGCAAUCUGGUCAUUUAACUACUUUAAGAUAUUUACAUUUUAUGGCAGGUAGCUGCAACAGCAUUUGCAUAUAUUUCCUAGUUAACAAGAUUAUCAUCUUUCAAAGUUAUAAAAAGUCGCUUGUUUUCAAAGGCCUCUCAAAGUCUUUUUUUCGAAGUUUUCCAUGUUAUGCUGAGCAAGAGAUGGAGGCUCAUUCAAUAUCUGUGCAUAAAGCCAAUCUACCACUUAACCAUCAACUCUCCAUACUUAAUUUUGCUUUAUAGUCUUUCUCAAAAGCUAACAGUUUUGGAAAGGGUAUAAUGUAUAUUUUCUGGAGGGAUAGAUUUAAAUUUUCACUCUAAUUUGGCAUAUGCUUUCUUUCCCCUGCCUUUUGAAAUAAGUUUACCUUCUCCAAAUGAGAGAGAGAGCUGCAUCUUCCUUUUCUGUUUAAGUCAGAGUUUCUCGUGUAGCUGGAAAUGAUAGUAAAAUACAGAUAGAUACUAAAUGAAAAAUUUUAUUUUUGCCAAACACACCAUAGCACCUUUGGAAAAAUAUAUAUUCCACAGAUAGUUCUUUUUUAAUUGAUUUUAAAAUAGCAAAUGAUAAGAAGCAGGGAAAACAAAUCUUCAAAUAUUUUAUAACUAUUUUAACUCAUAGCAUAGACCAUAUAUUAUCAUCUUACAAUUUCAGUCAAAUCAUUUGUAAUAAUGUGGACUCAUGAUAAUACAGAAAUGUAAUAAUCAUGGAGCAAAAAGCUGCAGUUUGCUGAUCCCCCAAUGUUAACUCUAAUGAUUAUAAUGUGAUUCCAAUACAAUCAAUAAUGCUGUCUUGUUCACUCCAAUAUGUUAAAAAAAAUCACUUAGAAAUGUUUAUCAAUGACUUGAUGACUCUCUAUUACCUUUUUGCAGUUCUGUUGGAAAGUUGAAACUGUUAACAAAGUAGAUGGAUCUUUCCUAACAAGAAUCUUAAAUAUGUGACUUAUAUAUGUGAUAUGGUUCAUUGCAUUUAAUCCUCAAUGAAAUGCAUUUUUCAAAAUAUCAAAAAAAUUCUGAGAAAAUUAUUUGUUCCCCUUAAGUUGAUAUGUUAUUUAAUUUAAUUGUUAUUGUUGUUUGCAAAUGUAUUUUGGAAUGUUAGCCUCUUCUCAUUCCUGCAUACUUGAACUUGUCUUUCAUGUGGAGGGCCUUAACAUUAAUAUGAGGAGCUAGGGGCAUUGAAAAGGAGAGAGAAGGGAAAUCAUGCCAAAUGGUGGUUUGCAAAUUUAAAGUCUUUAAAUGAACAUAUCACAAAAAGUUGUUGAGACCCAGCUUCUGUCAGUUAAGAAUGUCUCUAGGCAAACUCUUUGAAUGCUAGUGUAUUUUGUUAGUAACACACUUUCAUUUUGUCAUUUUAACAAAUGGAAUAAUGUAUUACCACUACAGAAAGUGCUCUAUGUAUUGGUAUUUGUACUACCUCUUCUCUAGAGAAGACAGUCUGUCUUUAAAGGGAAAAACACUUAACGAUAAAUAAUGAUCGAAUUUUUAAUUUACUAUACUUGCUAACCCUGCUGCAAAGCUAAGGUAUCUUCCCUUUAGAUUUUAAACCGUUUCUAAAAUACUGGUCACCCUUUCCUUUCUUUGUGGCAUUUUCUUUAAAUGAGUUCGCAGUUUAUCAUGAGACAAAGUUCAUUUAAUACAUCAGUCAUCAUAGGGAACAAAAUGAACUGCGAGCGACAUUCCUUUGGUGUGCCACUUGUCAUAAUAUCUGGCUCUAAGUCCAAAAGACAGUGUAUCCAGAGAUGUGCUGUUUACAUGCAGCUGGUUGACAAUUCUAGAUUUGUCGAUUUCUCUUGGGAGCACCUUGAGCAUUUACUGUAAAAUGGAUAUUAUCUUGGUCUCCAGGUCAUUAGAACAGAGUUCAUAUAAAUGUUUCAAAUAAACACACGAGUACCCAUUAUUCUUUUUAUUGUCUGCCUUUGUCCUUCAUAACAAUGCUGCAUGCUGCUUUUGUUUUAUAAAACUCACCCUUGGUUGAUGAUGUGAAUGAAAAUUUUAUAGGAAAUGAUGUAAUAAAGUUUGUUUUGUUAGUUCCUGUACCUUGAAAUAUUGUUAAUACAAAAACUUACUACUCUGCCUGUACUGAUAGGGCCAAGAACAGCCCUCUCCUGAAUGAGCAUUAUGACCAAACCAGUCAAUACAAUAGUUAUCAGGCUGGCAGAAAAAGAAAUCUUUUUUAAACAACUGACAUCAGCAGUCAAGUUUGUCAAAGUAAAAUUGGCUUGUAUGGUCAGAAUUCAAGAAUUACUUUUUAAAGAUUUUUUCUUUGAAUAAAACAGUCUUUCUCAAAUGAAAUAUGCCUUUAGAGGACUUAUCUCUAGGUUCUUGAGGAUGACUUAAUCCCACAUGUUUCAUGUAGUUGAGGGACCGUAGGGGAAGAAUAUGAAAUGUUGUCAAAUUGACUAAGUAAGGGCUGUACCUCCCACUUGUUGGGAAAAAUGUACAAUGUACAAAUGUACAAAUAAAAGCAACAUUUUUAAAAGUGAAAAGCAAUGAGUUUUGAGGGGUCAUAGUCACAUAUGAAAUGUUUCAUCAUUGUUUUGUUUGAUGUAUAUAAAACGUGUGCAGAAAGAUGGUAGAAAAAUGUUACUCGUGAAUAAGAGUGCUUUGGGGAAUACACCGAUAAUUUACUAUUUGAAGAUUCUGAGGGGUUAAAAUGAGACUAUAUAAAAAUCCAAAGUGACCUCUAGUUUUUCACUGCUUUGUAAGUCUUCUUGGUUAUGUUUUGAGCGCUUACAUUUCUCAAUGAAUGAUUAUGUCAAUAUUUUUGUAGGGACCACUCUGCCCUACAUGCAUGCCUCUUUGACCCACUUUUAACUGAAAAAUCAGCGUGAAUUCUGUAUGCAUAAGGGAUGUAUUAGAGAUGCAGGAUCAUUAAUGCUAUAUUAUUGCAUACUAUUUUUCAUAUGCCUUACAAAUAUUUUCUGGGACGUUAUUAAAAUGAAAGCAUUUUAUUGCCAAAAUAAAUCUAUGUUGUCACUUCUAAUCUACAUUAGCAGUAGAAGAAUAAUGUAGCAAAAACAUAUAUUGUACAGUACAAAAUUAUAUAAAUAUAUUUUGCCAAUAAUAUGAAAAUAGACUGAGGAGAAAGAAGCACAUUUGUUAUAGCACAAACUUAACAAUAAAAUCCACUGUUAAAUUUGGCAGUUGUAUUUUUUAAAAGUAUAUAGAUUUAAUUCUAAGUUUUAUCAGAGUUAUUUCAUCUACCAUCUUUUUAACUUGCUGCUUGAUACUUCUCCAGCAAUUUAUUUCACAGCCUUGCAGUUUGUGGAUGUGAUAUAUUUUAUUUUAUUCCCUUCCAUAAAGAAAAAUUUAUUAAAUUUUAUUUUGUGACAAGACUCAUACUAUAUUUACUGUUCUUAUUUCUUCUCCUUCAAUAGCAGCUACGAACAGUAACAGCAGGUGAGCUUAUAAGUAGGGCUUUUCUAAACUGUGGACAUGUUUGAAAUGUUUUAUAUUUUCACAGCCUAAAAUCAGAGUGAUCAAUAAAGCUGAUCAAUGAAAUAGCCUUUAGGGAUUCCGUAAUUUAUACUGAAUAUGAUAUUGCAACAUAAUUUAAAACUUUUAGUCUUUGGCUACUUUUUAUUCCUGAGAGGGUGGUGGGAGGGAAUAAAAAUUAGGCAAACUUGAUACAAAAUAUACUACAAGUAAAUAUGUCAAGAUGAUGUAAAAAAAAAAAAAAAGUCCCUACUAUCCUGAGAGCUGUUUAUAUCUCAGGCUAAAAUGUGGCAAAUAACAAAAAACUUUGCCUUUGUCAAAGAAUUAUUUUCCUUCCUUUAAAUUUUAUUUGUUUUGAUCAUUUGUCUCUUUUAUUUUUCUUAUAUAGGUAUGUGUAGCAUUCUACAAGGCAUGCUGGGUAAAAUAUACUAUGCAAAUGUGUACAGUGCUGCAUGUUUUGUUCUUCUGCUUUAGUGGCUUUAAAAGAAAAAGCGUGUUGUUAUUUUUGUGAACAAAAACAUUUAGCAAAGAAAAUGCAGAGUGCAUGCAUAUAAUAGCCAAAUUUCUAUGGAUUUGUUUUAUGGAAUUUAAAUGUGUACAAACCAAUUGCAUUAAUUUUUUCUUUUAUAUAAUAAAUGGAAAAACCCACUCAAA